AUGCAGGUGACUGUCUUCCCUUCCCUGUUUCUGCUCAUCUUUCUCUGGAGCACAGAACUGGGAGCCAAGAGUCAAGAAUUCCAACUUGGAGACUGUCUGGUACCAAAAACAAUUCUUCAAAACUUAUGGGGAGCCUUCCAGGAUAUUAGGAACAUUGUGCAAACUUUGGACCACAACACAGACACCCAGCUGCUGCAACAGGACUUUUUCCAGAAUGCUUCGUGGGCUGAAAUCUGUCACCUCAACUAUUCCCUGCUGAGUUUUUAUUUGAGCAACAUUUUCAAUAAGUAUGACACAAAGGCAGUGAAACUUGGAAUCAGCAAACCACUCUCUACUUUGAGAAACAACUUCUUAGACCUCCAGAAGAAACUCCAGCAUUGUAAGGAAAAGGGGAUGUUUUCUUUAAGUAAGAGUUCCCAAAGGAAGUUUCAGCUAUUCCGGCAGGAAUUUAAAAAGUUGAAUCCGGAUGAAAGGCUGACAAAGGCCCUAGGAGAAGUGGACAUUCUCUUAACCUGGAUAGAAAAAGCCUUUCAGCCAUGA